ACAACUGAACCCAAAGACGCUCGCGAUGGCCUGCAAAAAAGACGCCUUUAAAAGCAACUUUGAAGCGGGUAUAAAGAUGAUCAUCAGCCAUAAUGUGAACAUAGACGUCAAAUAUCUGCUCGUCGCAAAGUAUCACUUCCACAGCGAGAGCUUUCUGGACGGGAAAAACCUGAUCAUCAAGGGAAUGGAGAAGAUCACAGAGCUGCUGAAUCAGCAGAAGUUUGAAGAUGCACGAAAGACUCUCGGGGAGAUCAUGCACACUCUACAGGAUUUCUACAGUCACAGUAACUGGAUUGAGCUGGGUAACACCGAGCCCUGCACUGCCCUCAUCAACCUAGAGGAAAACAUCCCCAACCCUGCAGAUGAAAACACUGACACGUGUGAUAACACCGCUCCCGAUACAAACACUGGGGCAAAACUGCUGGACACCGUUAUACAAAACAAGAUUCUGACUUCAGGAUACUUCGGGAAAACCAAAAAACCUGGAAAGUGCAGCCAUGGAGGAAAAUCAGACUUCACAACUGGCUUCAGGAAAAGCUGGAACGGCAUCAAUAAAGACGCCAUUGACUCAAGUCAUGGUUUACUGCAUAAUCAAGCGGCUGAAGUUGCCGUCGCUGCCACCGUGCAGCUGCUGGAGAAAAUCUGGAAGAGUAACAAUGAUGCCAGCUACUUCAGGUACACUUCUUGACUGUAAAUACUGAUAUACUAACAUCUGCAGACAGGGAAAGUGAAUCAAACUG